AUGUUUGGCUUUCAGAUAAUUUUGGGCUCUUUUUCAAAGGCUUGUAGAGUGAUUCUUGCUGAGAUGGGAUAUGAGUUCACAAUAAUGAUUGCAGAUAUUGAUGAGAGAGGUAUUAGGAGAGAAAAGCCAGAAGAUUUGGUCAUGGCAUUAGCUAAGGCAAAGGCUAAUGCUACUGUGCAAAGGCUCCUUGUUGAGGGUCCAUUGGAGGAAGAUGCUUCUACAACAUGGUUAAUUACUGUUUCACAUCAAAGAAUAGGUUCUGCGAAGUUCGAUAUCGAGAAGUUCAUAGAUAAGAAUGAUUUCAGCCUGUGGAGGAUAAAGAUGAGGGUGUUGCUAGUUCAUCAAGGGUUGGAUGCUGCUCUUGAUGGGAAUAACCUCCUAGCGCAUUUGUCGGAGAGUGAGAAAAAAGAGUUGCUUGACAAGGCACACAGUGCUUUGAUUCUUUCCUAG